UGGGAGGCCGUCCAUGCUCCCAGCGGCCCCUGCCACUCAGCCUCCAUCACCUCCUGCGCCAGUCCCUGCUGUGUCUCAGGCACAGCCAGGACCCGAUGACCAGUGACCCUUCCAGUCCUGAGAGAUGGAGCCACACAAUUCCUCCCGGGUAGAUUCUGAGUUCCGAUACACCCUCUUCCCGAUUGUUUACAGCAUCAUCUUUGUGCUGGGGGUUGUUGCCAAUGGCUACGUGCUAUGGGUCUUUGCCCACCUGUACCCUUCCAAGAAACUCAACGAGAUCAAGAUCUUCAUGGUGAACCUCACCGUGGCGGACCUGCUCUUCCUGAUCACCCUGCCGCUGUGGAUCAUCUACUACCACAACCAGGGCAACUGGAUCCUGCCCAAAUUCCUGUGUAAUCUGGCUGGCUGUCUCUUCUUCAUCAACACCUACUGCUCUGUGGCUUUCCUGGGCGUCAUCACAUACAACCGCUUCCAGGCGGUGACCCAGCCCAUCCAGACUGCUCAGGCCACCACCCGCAAGCGUGGCAUCUCUUUGUCUCUGGUCAUCUGGGUGUCCAUCUCGGCCGCGGCGUCCUACUUCCUCAUCCUGGACUCCACCAACGUCGUGGCCGGCCAGGCGGGCUCGGGCAACGUCACCCGCUGCUUUGAGCACUAUGAGAAGGGCAGCGUGCCAGUGCUCCUCAUCCACAUCUUCAUCGUGGCCAGCUUCUUCAUCGUCUUCCUCAUCAUCCUCACCUGCAACCUGGUCAUCAUCCGCACACUGCUGACGCAGCCGGUGCAGCAGCCCCGCAAUGCGGAGGUCAAGCGCCGGGCGCUGUGGAUGGUCUGCACGGUCCUGGCCGUGUUCAUCAUCUGCUUUGUGCCCCACCACGUGGUGCAGCUGCCCUGGACCCUGGCCGAGCUGGGUUUCCGGAACACUGACUUCCACCAGGCUAUUAACGACGCACACCAAGUCACCCUCUGCCUCCUUAGCACCAACUGUGUCCUCGACCCUGUCAUCUACUGCUUCCUCACCAAGAAGUUCCGCAAGCACCUCACCGAGCAGCUCUACAGCAUGCGCAACAGCCGACAGUGCUCCCGUACCACCAUGGAGACCGGCACUGAAGUGAUCGUGCCGCUCAGCCAGGUCCCUGCCAAGGCCCUCAAAAACUGACUCCUGCUGGUUUCUCCUCCACGGACAUCACAGAUGGGACGGGCUGAGCUGGGAGAGAAGGGACAUCUGGGCACCUCCUCCCCGGGCACCCGUGGCCCAUUAGGUGCAGAGGCUGCAUCACCC